AUGUCGAUGUUGACGAGUAGAAACUCUACGAUAAAUGGGUCGUGUCCUUUUUGGGAGUAUGACGAUAUCACAGAGUGUGGAAGAGUCAAAUACAUCGAAUUUGUGGUGCCCCUAUUAGUGCUGGUGGGGUUCGCGACACUCACCGGAUACAAAAUUAUAACUCAUUACUACAGGCGAGAUUAUCUCGGUGAAAGUAAGCCAAACUACACAUCUGAGCUACUAGCGUACUCAGACGAUGAGAACAAACCGCUGCUGUCAGAGUCGACUGGCGCAGGGUACACGAACCCGGAUGCUGUGUCGGACGAGACGGACCUGAAGGAGGAGCACUUUUCGAUUGAAAAACUAAGACUAGUGGACGUGGACGGCAGGCCGCACGGAGCAAUUGAGGUGGUGCGCCGUGAUUUCUGCGAGAAGAUGCGUGUAGUGACCGAAUUCGUGCUGGUAUUGGCACAAUUCAGCGGUCACGUGUUCGUAUGGGUGCGUCUUGCGGGGUCCCACAAGGAGUUUCCCGUACAUGCUGCCAUUGCUGGUGUUGCUGUGUGGGCAUGGUUACUGAUUGUGGUCACAUUGCGUUUGCUUAAUAUCAAUCAAUCGGUUGCGUGGGUCAACCAGUACCCAGGUAAUCUGUGGACUGUUUCGUUCACCUCCUAUAUGUUUCUGUUUGCAUCCGAGGUGCUCCCUUUCCGUUCUGUGUACAUAGGGCACAUUAAAUCUCAUCUCGAGCGUACCUACAUCUUGUCGCAGUUUUAUUUGAAUCUGGCCCUUUUCUGCAUCCUUUUCACGGCAAAGAUCGGGAAUAAAUAUCAGAUCUUGUACAGAACUGACGAUCUAAUUAAGCCAUCACCCGAACCUGUAACAUCCCUUAUGAGCUUCAUUUCAUGGUCAUGGCUUGAUCCUUUUGUCUGGAAUGCACAUUUGCAUUCAGUUCAAAUGAAAGAUAUUUGGGGAUUAAGAUUGGAUGAUUAUGCUAUCUUCGUCAUGAAAAAAUUUAGACAGUUUGUGAAGGGAAAAAGUACAAAGUUUUCGCGUAAUUUGAUUCAUUUCUUCCUCAAGUACUUGGCUCUUCAAGGCUUCUGGGCCUGCAUUGACAGUGUUAUCAGUUUUAUUCCAACUCUACUGCUAAAAAGAAUUUUGGAAUAUGUGGACGAUCAAAGUACAGCCCCCAAAAACCUCGCAUGGUUUUAUGUUUGUGGUAUGUUCGUUUGCAGGAUAUUGGUAGCCAUUUGCCAAUCUCAGGCUCUUUUCUUCGGAAGAAGAGUCUGCAUCAGAAUGAAGGCCAUCAUUAUCUCUGAAAUUUACACCAAGGCUUUAAGAAGAAAAAUUGCACCAAAUUCAACAAAAACUCCGACCGACGAAGUUGAUCCCCAAACGCUUAACGCGCAAAAGGAUGUUGAUGGAGAUGAGGAAUCUACCUCUGCUAACUUAGGAGCUAUUAUCAAUUUAAUGGCAGUUGAUGCCUUUAAGGUUUCUGAAAUCUGCGCAUAUUUGCACGCAUUUGUGGAGGCAUCGGUCAUGACUGUCAUAGCGUUAGUUCUACUUUACAGACUUCUUGGCUGGUCUGCACUCGUUGGUGCAGUAUUGAUUGUUAUAAUGUUGCCCUUGAAUUUCAAAUUGGCGACAUUAAUUGGUAAAAUGCAGAAGGAAACAUUAGCAUUCACUGACAAGCGUAUUCAAAAGCUUAACGAAACUUUCCAGGCUAUCCGUAUUAUCAAAUUCUUUUCAUGGGAAGAAAAUUUCGAGAAAGACAUUCAAAAGGUCAGAGAUGAAGAAUUGAAGAUGUUGUUGAAGCGUUCGAUUGUUUGGGCACUCACCGCUUUUGUAUGGUUCAUUACUCCAUCAAUUGUCACCUCUGUGUCUUUUGCUACUUACAUUUAUGUUCAAGGUGAGGUCUUGACUACACCUAUUGCUUUCACGGCCUUAUCUUUGUUCACCUUGUUAAGAAAUCCUUUAGAUCAAUUGUCUGACAUGUUGAGUUUCGUAAUUCAGUCCAAGGUCUCUCUGGAUAGAGUUCAAGAGUUUUUGGACGAAGAAGAGACUGAGAAGUACGAGCAGCUAUCCGUUAGCCGCAACAGAAUUGGCUUUGAAAACGCUACCUUCACUUGGGAUAGAAAGAAUCCUGAUUUUAGAUUGAAGAAUCUAAACCUAGACUUUAAGGUUGGUAAAUUGAAUGUUAUAAUUGGUCCCACAGGUUCUGGUAAAACUUCCUUGUUAAUGGGUCUUUUGGGUGAGAUGGAUCUCGUUGAAGGUAAGGUAUAUGUUCCUUCUCUGGAUCCUCGUGAAGAUCUUGUCAUAGAAUCCGAUGGAAUGACCAAUUCUAUUGCUUAUUGUUCACAAGCAGCUUGGUUACUUAACGAUACUGUGAAGAACAAUAUCUUGUUUAAUGCUCCGUAUAAUGAAGCCAGAUAUCACACAGUGGUUGAAGCAUGUGGUCUAAAAAGAGAUUUUGAAAUUUUGAACGCGGGUGACCAAACGGAAAUCGGUGAAAAGGGUAUAACGCUAUCAGGUGGUCAAAAGCAAAGAGUUUCUCUUGCCAGAGCGCUCUACUCAUCGUCUAGACAUUUGUUACUUGAUGAUUGUUUAAGUGCUGUUGAUUCACAUACUGCUCUUUGGAUCUACGAAAAUUGUAUAAGUGGGCCUAUGAUGGAAGGAAGAACUUGUAUCUUAGUUUCUCAUAACGUUGCCUUAACUCUCAAGAAUGCCGAUUGGGUUGUUCUACUAGAAAAUGGUAGAAUUAAAGACCAAGGCGAACCACUUGAUUUACUUCACAAGGGUCUGUUAGGUGAAGACGAGCUGGUGAAGACCAGUAUUCUAUCCAGAGCUAACUCUUCAGCAAGUUUGAGUAAUAAACUUUCCAGCACGAAGAGUGGUAUUGAUUUGUCGAAAUUGAAUAAGACUUUGGGCGAAGCAACAGAGAGUUCUAAAAAGAAACACCAAACUGAAGAAGAGAGAGCAAAAGCAGGUAAGCUUAUCCAAGAGGAAACAAAGUCUAACGGUGUUGUCAGCAUCGAAGUUUAUAAAUGGUUUGCCAUGUUGUUUGGGGGGUGGAAGAUGGUGAUUUUCCUUGCUUGUAUUUUCCUCAUAGCUCAGGGUACUAAUAUAUUCCAAUCUUUGUGGGUUCGUAACUGGGCGUCGCACAACAUAAUAGAUCCAGUCUUCUCUGUUGUUCAAAAGGUAAUUCCUCAAUGCGUUUUCAAUACAAUUGUGCAGUCGAAGGUCAUGGUUAAGAGCUUUACUUUGUUUCCGGAGGUCCCAGUUGAAGAAAGUAUUGCGGCUAAAAGAACAGAUGCACAUUCAACAGUGUACUAUUUGUUUAUUUACUUUGCUAUUGGUGUCGCCUAUGCGAUAAUUGCCUCCUCUAAAACCAUUAUUAGUUUCAUGGCAGGUAUCAAUGCUUCCAGAAAGAUAUUCAACCUGGUUUUGAAAAAAGUCUUAUAUGCCAAAUUGAGAUUUUUUGAUUCUACGCCUAUUGGUCGUAUUAUGAACCGUUUCUCAAAGGACAUUGAAGCUGUGGAUCAAGAGUUAACUCCAUUUGUUGAAGGUGCUUUUGUUUCUAUGGUCCAAUGUUUGUCAACUGUCUUGAUGAUCGCAUAUAUCACGCCUGGCUUCUUUUUUGUUGCAAUUUUCAUUGGUUUGAUGUAUUAUCUAGUCGGCUAUUUCUACAUGGCUGGUUCUAGGGAAUUGAAGCGGUUUGAAUCUAUUAGCCGAUCUCCUAUUCAUCAACAUUUUUCCGAAACUUUAGUGGGUAUCACUACUAUAAGAGCAUACGGAGAUGAGCGUCGUUUCAUGCUAGAAAACUUACAAAAGGUAGACGAAAAUAACAAACCAUUCUUCUAUUUGUGGGUUGCUAAUCGUUGGCUAGCGUUUAGAAUUGACAUGAUCGGUGCAUGCGUAAUUUUUGCUGCUGGUAUCUUCAUUUUGCUCAACAUAAAAACCCUAGAUUCGGGUUUGGCUGGUAUUUCUUUGACAUAUGCUAUUUCGUUCACUGAAGGUGCAUUGUGGUUGGUAAGACUAUAUUCUAAUGUGGAAAUGACAAUGAACGCAGUGGAACGAUUAAAGGAAUAUAUGGAUGUUGAGCAAGAACCUCAUUUCCAGAGCACCUACAAUCCUCCACCAGAAUGGCCAGACAAGGGUAAGAUCGAGGUCAAUGAUCUCUCUCUGCGGUAUGCUCCCACGUUACCAAGAGUGAUCAAGAACGUAUCUUUUACCGUUGAUCCAAAUUGCAAGGUUGGUAUCGUCGGAAGAACUGGUGCCGGAAAAUCGACCAUUAUUACUGCUCUUUUCAGAUUUUUGGAUCCGGAUAGUGGUUUCAUCAAGAUUGACAAUGUUGACAUAACAACCGUGGAUUUGAAAAGAUUACGUCAAUCGAUUACCAUUAUUCCACAAGACCCAACAUUAUUUGCAGGCACUGUGAAAAGCAAUCUCGAUCCUUAUGACGAGAACACGAAUGCUGAAAUUUUUGCAGCACUAAAACGUGUAAAUUUGGUAACCCAGGAAGAACUUGAUAAUGUAAGAACUCCGGUUUCUGAUAACUCAUCUGUGUCCUCUGAGAAUGUCAAUAAAUUUUUGCGCUUAGAUAACGAAGUAACCGAGGGUGGUGCCAACCUUUCCCAAGGUCAACGUCAACUUGUUUGCUUAGCGCGGUCCCUAUUACGUUCUCCGAAGGUAAUUCUGUUGGAUGAGGCCACUGCAUCUAUUGAUUACAAUUCUGACGCUAAGAUUCAACAGACUAUUCGGGAAGAGUUUUCCAACAGCACAAUUUUAACCAUUGCCCAUAGAUUGAGAUCAAUCAUUGAUUAUGACAAGAUUUUGGUCAUGGAUGCAGGUGAAGUCAAGGAAUACGAUCACCCCUACUCACUUUUGUUGAACAAGAACAGUAUCUUCUAUAGCAUGUGCGAAGACAGUGGUGAACUAGAAGUUUUGGUUCAACUUGCAAAGGAGUCUUUUGUUAAGAAACUAAACUCCAAAUGA